UUGAUUCUAUCCUUCCAGGUGUUGAAGGAAGAGCGGCACAAUGCCGGAGGGCGUGGCGAAGGACGCCAAGGAUGGCAAGGAUGACAAAAAGUCGAAGGAGAAGGAGUCGCCGAAGCGCCGCGGCAACCUCGCGAAGGUCAACGUGGAGCUGCUGGACGGCUCCGUGAUGGACCUGGAAGUGGAUAGAAAGAUUCGAGGACACGAGCUGGUGGAGAAGGUGUGCUCCGAAUUGAACCUCGCAGAGAAAGACUACUUUGGGCUGCUGUAUGAAGACCGAGGGGACCCCAGGGCAUGGAUCGACCCGGAGAAAAGGGUCUCUAAGAUGAUAAAACACGAGCCGUGGUACGUGCGAUUCGCGGUGAAAUUCUACCCGCCGGAGCCGGCGCAGCUGCAGGAGGAGCUCACCAGGUACCAGCUCGUGCUGGCCGUGAGGAAGGACCUAUUGGACGGGCGGUUGCCGUGCUCGGCGGUGACGCACGCGCUGCUCGCGAGCUACCUGCUGCAGUCGGAGCUGGGCGACUGGGAGGGCGGGGCGAGCGGGGCGGGGGCGGUGGGGGCGGUGGGCGCGGCGCCGUGCCGCCAGCUGCGCCUCGCGCCGCCCGCCAGCUGCACGCCCGACCUCGAGGAGAAGGUGCUCGAGCUGUACAAGACGCACAGGGGCCAGACGCCGGCGGAGGCCGAGGCGAACUACCUAGAGAACGCAAAGAAACUUGCCAUGUACGGCGUGGACCUGCAUCCCGCCAAGGACUCGGAGAACGUGGACAUCACCCUCGGCGUCUGCUCCUCCGGCCUGCUCGUGCAUCGCGACAAGCUGCGCAUCAACCGGUUCGCGUGGCCGAAGAUCCUGAAGAUCAGCUACAAGCGGCACAACUUCUACGUGAAGCUGCGGCCGGGCGAGUUCGAGCAGUUCGAGUCGACGGUCGGCUUCAAGCUCGCCAACCACCGCGCCGCCAAGAAGCUGUGGAAGGCGUGCGUCGAGCACCACACCUUCUUUAGGCUGACGUCCCCGUCGCCGGCGUCGCGCAGCACGCUGUUCCCGCGGCUGGGCUCGCGCUUCCGCUACAGCGGGCGCACGCACUACGAGUCGCGCUCGGCGCUGCCCUCGCGCCCGCCGCCCGCCUUCCCGCGCGCGCUCUCCUCGCGCCGCCUCUCCUCGCGCAGCGCGCUCGCGCUCUCGUCCGGCGACAAGGAGGAAAUGCCCCCGGACGCGGCGAAGAGGCACACGAUGCCCCCGCAGCCUGCCUCAAGACCUACCAUUAAAGAUAAGAAACCGCCACCUGGUGCGGUCAAGGUGAUGCCCACUGCGCCACCGGAGAAGAAAGAAGAUAAGAAAUUGGCAGAGCAGAAGAAACCGGCUGAAAACGGUACUGACACGACGAGCGAUCCAGGCGUUGCAAAUAACAUUGAAACUACACCAAAAAGGUCAAAGGGAGGUUUCGGUUUAUUCGGUAAGAAGGAUAAAUCACCGAAAGAAGAAAAGUCGCCCAGAGAUAAAUCACCCAAGGGUAAAGAUAAAUCUCCAAAAGAAAAGUCUCCGAAAGAUAAGGAUAAGAAACUCAAAGAUCCCAAAGCUAAAAUAGCUGUGAUCGACACGUCCAACGAUAGCACAAACCUCGACAGUUCUGUGGAUAAGAGUCCAACGAAGGAAGAGAAACGGUUUACAAAACCGUACGAAUAUACAGAUACAGAGAAGAGUCCAACGAGAAAACCAUACAUUCAAGGUGCGUUCAGUUAUGAAAAAGAACCGAUUUCUGAUGAAAAACAGAGAGGAAUGGAUGACAGUCAAAGUCCAGGCACUAGAAAAGCAGGUCUGGCUUUCAAUUACGCUCCUGGUGAAGAUAAGAAGGUGGCUGAAAGUGCAGAGAAACGUAAAACUCCAGAAGAUCCAAGCAAAUUAAAGACACCUGGACUUGAUUACGUUCAAUCCGCAGCUCUCAAAGAACAAGCUAAGACUCCCAAAUCUAACUUAAUCGACCCAACCUUAGCUUUGCUUGAUUCAGAGAGAGCUCAUCAUGAAGCACCAGUCGCAGCUGUUGUACCCGUUGCUGCGGCUAAAACGGAUAACGAAAUUCAAGUAGUCAUAAUAACAGGUCGCUAUAAUCCUAAAACGAAAAAGCUUGACGACGCUAAUGGUACUAUUUUAGUGACUAAAGGCACGUUGAAUAAAGCCAACGGCAAGAUAACGACAGAAAACGAAAUAAUUAAUAUGAAAUCGGGUCAGGUAAACUACACAGACCCAGCAACUGGUAAACAAGAAGUAAAGAAUGGACACGUUGAUUCCAAGUCAGGCCAUAUUCUCUUCACAUCUGGUGUUAUUGACCCGAAGACUGGAAAGAUGGAUCCAACGUUGGCGCAGCAAUACUGCUUCGUAGAGAAAGCUGAUGAUAAAGUAGGUGCUAAACCAGGCAGGGAAGUAGACUUGGUAGUUAUUACCGGAAAGUACGAUGGCAAACACAAGAAACUUGAUGCGAGUCACGGACACGUUGAAGUUUCAAGAGCCGUUGUUACACCAGAUGGCACUGUUAACUCCAACUAUGGUGUCAUUGAUACAAGAUCAGGAAAGAUUGAAUUCGUUGAUCCUAAAACAGGAAAACAAGAUCCCAAACAGGCAUAUGUCGAUCAAAAGACUGGCAACCUGCUCGUUACUACUGGCGUUUUGGAUCCAAAAUCGGGCAAAGUUGAUUCUUCCUUGGGUCAACAGUUUAGUAUUGUUGAAAAAGACGCAACUAAAGCAAAUAGAGAAGUGAGAUUAGUCGUCAUUACCAGCAAGUACGAUUUGAAGAAUAAGAAACUCGACCCAGUAUUUGCUCACGUAGAUUCAAUUAAAGGUGUGCUCAGUGGUGCUGAUGGUAAAAUAUACUCUGAAUAUGGAGUGAUCGACCCUAGAACCGGUAAUAUACAAGUUACGGAUACAAAAACCGGUAAACAGGAAGUUAAACACGCUCAAGUCGAUCCAAAGACGGGUAAUAUUCUUCUUUUAUCCGGUGUGGUUGAUCCAAGAACAGGACAAUUGGACACUUCUUUAGGUCAGCAAUACAGCAUUGUCGACAAGCCUACCAGUACAUUCGCCGUUGUACCUGGAAGGGAAGUUCAAGUGGUAGCGAUCACUGGUAAAUAUGACACGAAGACCAAGAAACUUGACAAUCCUAAUGGUUUCAUCGAAACGUCUCAAGCUAUUGUUAGCGAUAAAGAUGGAAAAGUACACACUAACUUCGGUAUAUUAGACCCCAACUCAGGCAAAAUCUAUUAUACAGAUCCAAAGACAGGGAAAAGGGAUUCGAAACAAGCCGCUAUUGAUGCUAAAACAGGUAGCUUCUUACUUACGUCUGGCGUCAUUGACCCGAAGACGGGUAAAUCAGAUUCUUCUCUAGGCCAACAAUUAACUGUAGUAGAUAAAGAUGCGCCAAAGGGCAUGCCAGAGAGAUACAUGAAUUUAGUUAUUGUAACGUCUAAAUAUGACCCUAAGAGCAAAAAACUUGACCUUACUAACGCACAUGUUGAUACCAUAUCGGGUAAACUUGGAGAUGAUGAUAAAGUUUACACCGAUGUUGGUGUUAUCGAUCCGGCCACUGGUCAAAUUACGAUAACUGAUCCAUUGACAGGCAAACAAGAAAUUAAGAAGGCUACAGUUGACCCUAAAACAGGAAAUAUGCUCCUCACAUCUGGUGUCAUUGAUCCCAAUACUAAAUUAGUCGAUCCUACAUUGGGUCAACAGUACACAGUUGUAAACAAACCUAAAGACACGUUUGCAUCGGUACCCGGCAAAGAAGUUCAAUUAGUGGUUAUAACUAGCAAAUAUGACUCGAAGUAUAAGCGAUUGGAUAAUCCAAAUGGGCAUGUAGAAACAUCUCGUGGCAUAAUUGCCGCUGAUGGUAAAGUUCAUAGCAACUUCGGUGUUAUCGACCCUAAGACGGGCAAGAUUGAGCAAGUUGACCCUCUUACUGGUAAUCAAGAAGUGAAGAAUGCUGUAGCCGAUCCUAAAACAGGACAUCUCAUCGUAAACUCAGGUGUGGUAGAUCCAAAGACAGGAAAAGUGGAUUCAUCUCUUGCACAACAAUUUACUAUUGUUGACAAAGAAGUUAAGCCUGUUGAACGAGAAAUUCAUCUUGUUAUAAUCACAACUAAAUACGAUCCAAGAACUAAGAAGAUUGAUCCAAGUCAAGGACAAGUAGAUACAGUCAGUGGUACGGUUGGACCUGAUGGCAAAAUACGCACAGAGCUAGGUGUUAUUGACCCAGCAUCGGGAGAGAUUACAAUCAAGGAUCCCAAGACGGGUAAACAAGAAGUGAAAAAGGCUCAAAUUGACCCAGCCACAGGUCAUAUGCUAGUAACCAGCAAUGUUGUUGACCCGAAGACAGGCAAAGUAGAUCCCUUAUUGGCACAACAGUACAGCAUUGUGAAUAAACCAGUUGUGUCACACGCUAAACCACCAUCAAAGGGUGAAAUAAGACUUGUGAUAAUCACAAGCAAAUUCGAUCCUAAGACUAAAUCUGUGGAUGCUAGCUCUGGCAAUGUUGACGCUGCUAAGGGUUACGUCAGUCAUGAAGAUGGAAAGAUACAUACAGAUUUCGGUAUCAUCGAUCCGAAAUCUGGACAAAUUCUCUAUAAGGACCCUGUAACUGGUAAACAAGAGCUUAAACAAGCAGAGAUCGAUCCCAAAACGGGAGCUAUAAUUGUAACGACAUCAGUAGUUGAUCCUAAGACAGGCAAAGUUGAUCCUACAUUCGCUCAACAAUUGAUGAUUGUUGAUAAGCAGAAUGUGUUGCCUAAAGCGGCACCAGUUUCUCAAAGAGCUAGCGUAUCCCCACCGAGACAAAUUCCAACUCCCGUCAAAACACCUACAACAACGCCUGUACAAACUCCGUUGCAAUCUCCUGUGCGUACAUCAUCUCCUAUUACAAGCCAAUAUCAGAAAGCUACACCUAUUACAUCAGUGCAAGGUGUUGCUCCUACUAAGCCUACUACCGCACCACCUGCCCCACCCAAGAAGAAAAUCGUUAAAAUAAUGGUUAUAUUUACAAGAGUUGAUCCGAAAACUAAGAAACCUGAUUUCUGCACUGCUGAAGUAGAACAUCUUACAGGAGUACUAGAUCCUAACGGUUUCAUUGAAACUAAAUACGGAGUUAUCGAUUCUAAUAAGGGUAAUAUGGUAAUUACUGAUUCAGCAGGACAGAAGCAAACUAAGGAUGGUACAAUUCUUAGUGAAACUGGACAAAUAUUCAUUAAUUCUGGUGCUAUUGAUCCGAAAUCUGGAAAGAUUGAUCCUAAUCUUGGUAUGAUUUUAAGCGUAGCUAAACAAGACGACCCUGUUGUUGAUAUAACUACUAUAACGGGUCCUAUUGACAGCAGAACCGGCAAAGUGAACAUUGAAGAGGGAGUAGUCGAACAUACAAAAGGAAAAGUCGAUGCAGAAACUGGCAACAUUUCUACUAAGUACGGUGUUAUAGACCCUUCAAAUGGAGUUCUCUUUGUUUCGGAUACAACAGGAUCUCAAGACGCCAAACCUAUCAUCAUCGAUGAAAACAACGGCCAGAUAUUUAUUAAGGGCGCUGUAGAUCCAAAGACAGGUAAAGUUAAUCCGAAUAUGGGUCAAAUGCUUGUUGUCGGCAGUCAUAUUGAUCCAGUAGUCGAAGUAACAUCUUUCGUUGGAAAAGUAGACGCUAAGAAAGGAGUUAUUGAACCCAAGAACUCUGUUAUUGAAAGCAGCACAGGUCAACUCAACCCUGAUAACAAUAUCAUUAAUACAAAAUAUGGACAAAUUGACUUGAUCAAGGGAACAGUUACAUACAAUGAUCCCAAGACAGGCAAAUUCGAAAGUAAAGAGCUUAAAGUUGAUCCUGUUACUGGACAAUUCCUAUUACGAUCUGGACAAAUCAAUCCUAAGUCCGGAAAACCAGACAAGGAUAUUGGCAGAUUGAUGUGCCUCAGAAUAAUCCAAACUAAAGUGGAUCCUGUUUCAGGAAAACAAAUUGUAUCAAACGAUCCUAAAAACGUCAAAGUUGAUCCUAAAACAAACCAAAUUUGGAUCGCUGGACCGAAAGAUCCCAAGACUGGAGAAGUCCUGUACACCGCUGGACAGAUUGACCCUAACACUGGUUACAUCAUUUCAAUCUACGGUCGCUUGGACCCGAAAACUGGAACCAUCUCUAGAGCAACGGAUGUUGAGAAAUCUCUCAUCAAAGUUGACCCAGUCAAUGGCCAGAUUUAUACAGCAACAGGUGAUGUUGAUGAAGAUAAUCAACCUUUGUAUUCUGCUUCCCAAGUUGAUCCUGGUACCGGUGAAAUUUACACCAAGCUAGGCAAGAUCGACUCAAGAACGGGUAAAUUGAUAAUCGUGAAAAUCUACAUUAUUACACAGAAAGAUGAGAAAGGUAGAGUCAAAGAAGUCGACCCUAAGGAAUGCACCAUUGAUGAAACAACUGGACGAAUUAUCACAACUAAAACUGUUUACGUAUAUCAAAUUAUCGACCCGAUUACUGGUGAAACAAUUGACGUGGAUCCUGAUGAUCCUAGACUGAAGGGAGCAAGGACAACUGUCACGCAAACUAUGACGCUGUCAGGCAAAAUCGACCCUGUAACUGGAAGAAUUAAAACGGAAUACGGGGACAUCGACCCGGAUACAGGAGAUAUAGACCCAAGUACCGCUGUGAGAGAUCCAGUUACCGGCCAACUCAUUUUACAUUACUCUCAAAUAGACCCAUCGCAUUUCGAAGACAAGAGCGGCAAUUACACAAUCGAAAAAGAAACGCAAGACCUUCCCGCUAAUAUCGACAUACAAACAGUCAACACGCAUAAAUUCUCAACCUUCGGUAAGGACGAGAGUCCCGCCAGGGGUGAUGAACCCAAAACGUUUACUGAGUACACGACCAGCGAGCACAUAAGGCACCAAGGUUACGUGGCUUCCUCGACCCCCGUAUCCUCCAAGAUCCCGAUUUCACAGCGAUCCAAAAAGACCCCCACACCGCCCGUCGUGGUCAAAACGACGACCAAGCAACUCCUCACCAAGAACGACGAGGGCGUGACGCACAACGUGGAGCAAGAGGUCGAAAACCUCGGAACCGGAGAGGUGACGUUCUCCACGCACACGAAUAAGGCGGAAAACGUUGAAUCGACGGAGGGGAGAAGUCCGUACGUGACCGCGAGGGCCGUGACCACCAGAAUGGCGACGACGCACCACGACCUCGACACGAAGGCGAAAACGCAGCAGCUGGAGGAGAAAACGGUCGCCCACACGCUCACCUCCUCCGCCACGCGCCAGGAGCAGCGCGUGCUCACGCAGCAAGUCAAAACCACGGUCACAACCGGCGACCAGCUGACCAGACACGGCUCGCAGUCGUCGCUCAGCAGCGGAGACUCCGGCACGCCGAUCGACUUCGAGGGAGAGGGGCAUUAUUAUGUCACGGAGCCGGGUUCGUACCGCACCACGAGCACGAGCACGGCGCUCGGCAGCGCGCCGCUCGGCGGCAUGGUGCACGCGGCCAGCGCUAAAAGCGGCGCGGGCGCGGGCGCGGGCGCGGAGCGGGCGGAGGGCGAGCUCGCCGGCGAGGAGGUGGUCUCCUCGCAGACCAUCAGCUCCAAGACGCGCACCGUCGAGACCAUCACCUACAAAACUGAACGCAACGGCGUGGUGGAGACGCGCGUGGAGCAGAAGAUCACCAUCCAGUCGGACGGCGACCCCAUCGACCAUGAUCGCGCCCUCGCUGAGGCCAUACAGGAAGCCACGGCGAUGAACCCAGACAUGACGGUGGAGAAGAUCGAAAUCCAGCAGCAGAGCACGCAGCCCUGAGCGCGCGCCGCCCGCACGUAGCAUCCCUGCGAAUAUUACUACUAAGUUAUUUAAUUAUAAUUAUAAUCGUUUAUAAUUAAUUGUACUUUUCUAUUAUAUCGAUGUUGUGUCGGAAACGCACUCUAUUUAAUAGUUACGAGUUGUAAAAAUACGUUAAGGUACGUUGCAGCAUUUUUUAACGAUUUUUUAAGCUUAGGCUAAGACGACCGGAACCUGGGCUUAGCGAUGCCAUACAUAGUGUUCGUGUUAUUGAAAAUUCAUUUGAAGAAAUCUUUCGAUUUAGCUUUAAAAGUGUCACGAGUUAGACCACCGUUAUUUAGUGAUAAUUUUUUUUUCUCAAAACCUUGACAACGUAGGACGGGACUAAAAAUAAAUAAAAUAUAAUGAUCAUUACGCUCGACUGAGACCUCCUGUAUUCCAUGACACUGAAGAUCUUUUGGCGGGAAAGCGAACGUCACGGUUAUGUCACGGUGACAGUUGGCGGGAAAGUUGACAGUCGGGAGCUAAAAAGUUUUAAGAUAUUUAUAACAUGUUGCUAUUACUGUUUCUAUAUUACACCAUUUAGGUGCUAUUUAGGUAUUAGAAUGUAAAAUUCUGUCUUGUGUGUUUAUUGAGCGUUGGAUAUUAAAGGCUUGUGCGGGAGUAAAAUUAAGAUGAUGGCAUAGACUGGCUAUAUUCGAUCUUAUUCACAUGAGGUUUGGAACGAAUUUGGCAUGAGUAAACAUCUUGAGAUAUUAUAAAUCAGUUCUGUGGAAUAUUUUUGAUUGGCGGUAACAAAGAUGUGUUAAUAAGGUUGGAUAUAGCUUGCAUGAAUUAAAGACUGAUGCCACAGAUAUUAUUCUUAUAUCUAUAAAUUGUUUUACUCCAAUUGGCUUAUCGUUGUUUAGGGUUUCACAUCGCAAGCACAAAUACUUUUAAAAUACGACCAAUGCAAAAAUCUAAAUACAUCACCAUUAUUAUUUUUAAUGACAGGACAUUCCAAUAUACCUGGGUUUCACAUAUUAGAAUCUAGAUUUUUUUUUCAACCUUAGAAAGUGGUUUUUCGUUUUAUAAUCUGUGGUUUUACAAUUUAUUGACUUAUCUUAUAUUUAAUGAAGAAUAUAUAGUUACAAAUUGUUCAUUUACAGUGACAUUAAAACAACACUAAUGACAUUUAAUUUGCCACCACAAUUUGACAGCCCACAGAUUAUAAAACCAUAAUCGAUUUUAGUAUUGUACAAUUACUACUUCGGUAAUCGCUAGAUAUACGUUUUUUUCUUUUAAUUAAGUCUAUGUUACGCUGAUUGUGAAUCAGAUUUUUACUUUUUAUAAUUUGACAUUUUAUUGUUUGCGUGUGACGUCACAGGCUGAUGUGUUGCCAUAAUUAUUUUUAAUGGCGGUUCUGUGGUGGGCACGGGUUGGGCAGUUGAGGAGAUCACUUUUUAAUAUAUAUAGAUCAUUGAUUUUCAUGUAUAUAUACUAUAAAACAACUGUUUUGGUGGGUAUAUGUAAUCUAAUGGCAAAUGAUCAAUGCAAGGUUCAGUUAACUUUUACAUUAAACUAAUAACAGGAAUAAUUUAGAAAUUAAAAACUUUUCAACGGAUUUUAAACGCGAUUUAUUCAUUAUAUUAUUAACCCGACG